GCGGAAGUGACGACAGUUUACCAACCAGCGGCAGCGGAGGGAACUUUAAAGCGUCUAUAAAGUCCAAGCUGAAAACAAACACCGGACAGAAGUGGGUAGAAGCUGAAGUGUGGAUGUGGGAGCGGAACCGGAGUGGAUCAGAACCGAUUCAGAGCAGGAUGAGUGGACCCUCCCCCCUCUUGUCUCCUCCCCCUUCUUCUCACCCGCCCCCCCAACCCCACCCCGUCCCCUUUGAUUCUUACUCCUGCACUGGCUGUCCUGAACUGGACCUGUCUGUCACACUAAGCCCCGCCCCUAGAGCCACGCCAGCAGUCCUGAAGCCCCACCCACAGCCAGCCACGCUCCACCUAAAGCCCUGCCCCCGAGGGCAAAGGAAGAUGAAGAACCCAGAGGUGUGUUUUCAGCCAGUGGUCGUCACGGUAACACCACAGCCCCACCUCACACACCCUCAGCAGCCAAUCAGGAGCCAGAGGAGCAGCAUAGUCCAUCUCCAUGGUAACCACAGUGGAGCCUCCACUCGGUGGGAGGAGCCUCCUGCUCCACAGCCCAGUGACGGUCCAGUGGGUUUGGCGGAGGCGGAGUUACACACCACACUGGCUCUGAAGGUGGAGCUUCAGUCUCUGCAGGGGGUGGAGUUUAACUCCCAGAAGGCCAUUCAGGAAACUCUGUGUAGGUCAACGUGGACCAGAAGUCUGAUAAACAGCAGAGUAACUGAAGGCCUGAACGUGGGCCGCUCUCAGCUCCUCUUCUCCUCAUUGGUCAGCGUGGACGUUCCUGCAGAUCAGCUGAUUGACCGGGCUCUACAGGAUAGGCUGCCGCUGGCCCCGCCCCCUCGCUGCCGCUCCAUCAGAAAGCCCACAGAUAGCCCCGCCCUCUUCCCGAAUGUGUCUGACUUGCAACGACAGAAGCCCCUCCCACCAGAGGAACAGGGGCCCGCCAGGCUCCGCCCCCUGCCCUUCUCCAGCUGUUCGACCUUUGACCUCUACAGCAGACAGAGACGCUGGGAGGCCACACCCUGAUUGGACCAAUCUAUGUGAUGUCACAUUUGAAUUCUGUACAAAGUUUGAAAUAAAGCCUGAGUUCCACCAAUCA